ACGAGUGUGGACGCAUGUUUGUGCACGGCUUAUGCCUCGACAUAGUCGGUCCACAAUGGCCCCCGGCACGCCCAACCCCGCCAAGAUGCUCCUGCGCAAUGAGAUUUCCUCGCGCAUCGCAGUCCUGUCCGCUGAAGAGAAGAAAAGGCAAUCCAGGGUGGUCUACGAAAAGGUUAUCAACCACCCCUGGUACAAGUCAUCGAAACGGAUUGCGCUGUACAUGAGCACAGACCAGGAGGUGGACACCUCCCCGCUGCUGCAGCACGUUAAGGCCAAGGGGACGGCCUUUGUGCCUCAGUACGCUGGAGGCCACAUGAAGAUGCUGCGAGUGGAAGCAGGAGACGAAGCCAGCAUGGAUGUAACUAAGCACGGAAUCGCUCAGCACAAGAAAGAUGCCGCCAGGGACGAUGCUUUGGAGUCAGGAGGCCUGGAUCUCAUAAUCGCUCCAGGGUUGGCAUUCAGCAGAUCAGGCAGCCGUCUCGGCCACGGCGGCGGUUACUACGACCGGUACCUCGCCAGGGUUAGGAGCAACCCUGAGACCGCUCCCAAGGUUGUGGCUUUGGCUUUUAACUGCCAAGUUGUAGACGAAGUUCCCGUCGACGAGAACGAUCAAAAAGUAGACGAAGUCAUUGCAGCUGAUUAAAACAUAAUUACUCGUAAUAGACAUAAUUUACAAUACUCCAUAGAAAUAAGUGUAACUACCCAUAUAUACGUGAAUGUGAGCAUCCACCAGAGUUGUACUAGAUGUAAACAAACCUUCAAAUCGCCGUUUAUCAUCAUUUAACUAUUAUUUAUUACUAACGUAUACAAUUGGCACAGAGAACCAGUAUUUUGCACCAAAAGUUGAUGUCGUUUUGACAACAAAACAUAGAAGCCGAGCGUGAAUCUCGCGACCUAAACGCGUAAGCGCCAUGAAUUUUACGGCGCUUACGACGUUUUGGUCGCGUGGUACAGGUUGCGAUUGUGACAAUUUCAUUGUUUAGUAUGGAUUGUCUAUAGUAAUAAUAACUCAAUGUUUAUCAUAUCUAUAAAUAUACGGUCCGGCUAACAUGAUUGGUACAAACCAGCAAAACCUUAAAACCAGAUUGCUCUGUGAACCAAAAAACAAAAGUUCUUGGCGCUAUGCGCAAGAAAAGUCACGACGUCUUGGUAGAUUUUUGACGUUAAAACAUAAUUCUAAGAACCGAUUAAUACUUGAAUAGAACAUAGAUAUUAAAGCCUGACAGUAAUAUAUGAUCCUUGUGAAGAGGGCGAGAUCAUUGUUGAGAAAAACAGUAUCCUCAUAUAUGGUGACUAUUCAGUAUAGGAAAUUCCGCAACAUGGCGCGUGAUCAUAUAUUACUGGUCAGGCUUUAAUACUAUAUUAUAUACUCAUAUAGGUACUAAUGAUUUUAUUUAUGUGAGAAUUUUAAUAUUUUAACAAAUUAUUCUGGUUUUUAUUUUUGUCAUUAUUCCCACAAAAUGUAUA